GAUCGACGAGACACCACAAAUGUGGAAGUUGAUCAACAACAUCCAGACAUAGCAUAUUUUGGAGAACUAUUUUUCGGUGAUUCGAAAUUUGAUAUACAAUUUGAUACAGGUUCAGCCGAUUUAUGGGUUAUAGAUGAUGCCUGUCUUUCACCUGCAUGUGACGAUAAAAAUCGAUAUGAUCCUGAAACGGAUGAAGACUUCCAAGAUCUCCAUGAAAAUUUUAAUGCCGAAUAUGAUAAAGGAACGGUAACUGGGACGCAAGGAACGACCAUUGUUCAAAUUGGGGAUCUUUCAAUAAGGCAAAAGUUCGGAUUGGCCGUCACGCUUACCAAUGAUUUUCAACGUGAUGAAUUUGACGGAAUGAUGGGGAUGGCAUUUAACGUAGCAAGUCAAAAUGACCAAAUCACACUAAUCUCCAACCUUUUUAAUGAUAAUAACAAUCAUUUCGAUGCACAACAGUUCUCUUUUAAACUUGGGAGAGAUGCAGAUGGUACGGAAGGCGAAUUAACAAUUGGUGGAAUUAAUUCAGAAAGUUUUACUGGUGAGCUUACCUGGACAGGUCUAUCGGAAAAUAAUGGUGGUCUGUGGAUUAUCCCUCUCGACGACUGCCUUGUCAAUGGCGCAGCAUUAAAUUUAGCAGGUCGUAUUGCAAACCUUGAUACCGGAACCACAUUAAUAGUUGUACCACAUGCUGAUGCUCAGCAAGUUUACGCAAACAUUCAACAUGAAGAGAAAAAUGGACAUUUUUACAUAUCUUGCGAUGUCCAAGUCACAAUUAGUAUGAGAAUCAAUGGUGCAACUUGGAAUAUUGAUCAAAGAGAUUUUAUAAUUGAAGACGGUGAUGAAUGUUAUGGGGCGAUAGACGGAACCGAUGAUGGGCCGGCCAACGAAUGGAUUCUUGGUGCCGCCUUUUUGAAGAAUGUAUACAGUGUUUUUGAUCUAGGUGGAAUACAGAUCGGAUUAGGU